CAGACCUAUUAAUUACUUAACUGAGGUGCUGAACUUCGAAGAUGAAAGUGCCAGUGUGGAGUUCUGUCCUUUCCAGCCUGGGGAGCGCCGUCAGGGCUCUCCUGAGCGUCUCUUUCAGCUUAUCAAGCUCACCCGGGGACUGUCUCUGACAGGUGUGAGAUUGGACUUGAUUCGGGGCCAACACCUCCAGUACCGGAGCCAGCUCCGUGAGCCGAAAACAUGCACCAGCCCUCCAGUAAUACCACUGUAGCCAGCCAGAGACUCAACAAUUUAAGGCUUAACACACACAACAUAAAUCAGAGGAGGAUGGACCAGCCGACCGGCAGCUUCUUGGGCAGAUGCCUGCAGACUGUCUGCAGAUCAUACCCUGCCUGUUUGGGUUAUUUGAGACUCUUUUUCUGUAAUAUAAAGAUGAGAAACUGGGUGGAGCAGCGUGCAGAGGCACACGGGUGUUUGUUCUGUCUUGUUCCAACAGCCCCUCUUUCGCCUAAGUGCUGUUUUGAAGGGACUGCUCAGGACGGUUCACAUUGCUACAUCCAAAUCCUAGGAAUGUGUCCAAGCUGGGGAGGAGGGGAAAGGAAAGCUGAGCGCUCCGAUAUGGGCGGUAUCUGUGUGACCCUGGGCAAGUCUCUUAACCUCUCUGGGCUCAUCCAUCUAACGAGGGGUCUAGUUUUCUGCGAUUCACUCAUCUCUAGUGCUCAGAAGUUGCAAGUCACUGUAAGAAGUGCCCAAGUCACAGGAGGUCAUUACCUUGGGCGGAAACUCACAGCACCAUUGAAUGCUGCUUCUGAGUGGAUCCAUGUCUUUGAGCAAGAAAAGUCUCUUCUCCUCAUAUCUGUUCUCAAAUCUGUGGUUCUCAGACUGCUGAGGCAAGCCCCGAGCGCGAGCCCCCGGGAGUGUGGCCAUGACGGCAAGGGCCACGCGCUACGGUAGGGGAAGAUGGAGAUGACAGGUCUGCACUGCUAGUUACUGCCACGCUCCAGUCUCUCCUCCUAAUCAAUUCUUAGAUAAGUUUCAUUGAGGAGGGAGGAUUACCGAGUCACCAAGUCUUAGUAAAGCGGGCGGGGGGGGUGGGGGGGUUGAGGCGGCGCCCAGAAGCCACCCGUCAAUGCAGGAGCCUCCACUCUGGUGCCUCUGAGAGAAGGACAUUUAGUCUCUGCAAAUUCCUGUGACAUUCCAGGGUAGCUUUUGGCCCUGCCAUUCGUCACCCUGACCCUGAAUUCAUGGACAAGGACGUGGCCGUCACAGGGACGCCUUCAUCUGGUCCCAGCUCUCUCCCUCUCAUAGCCGUGCUCUCUGUAGGGAGCAACUGGCAUGAAGUGUGGCAGUGGCAUCCUGAGCCGGGAUGACAGGACCAUCAGUCAGCACCAGCCUCCCUCCCCUCCUGGCCUCAGCCUGCCAAAGCGGCCUCGCAUUCCCACAGCUGUGGCUCCGGCCUCUGCCCCGUCACACUCGCACACCUGUUUGCUGUCCUGCUUCUGGCCUGCCAGCCCAAGCCACAGCCCCAAGCAGGCUUAAAGGGCCGGGCUUGUGGGAAAAAUUGGCACAGGAUAGUAUUAACUCAGAAUCACAAAGGAAGGUGAAACUUGGUUAAAAGAAAUCCUUUUGUAGCUGCUUCAUUAAAAACACCAAAGAGGCUGACCAUUCGCAUUUGUUUGAUGUGUCCAAUUCAUGCAAGUAAUGGGACAGGUCGGGGUUCACCCUUGCCUGCUACCCACGUGGACUUUGUGCUCAGGACCUGUCAGUCUCCUGUAGCUGGUUGUCUCCAACAGGGAGCAGGGCUGGGGUGCCGGGUGGGGCUGCGGAGGGUGGGCAUGGCUUUGAGGAGUAUUUCCCUUCCUUGCUGAGUGGGGCUGAGGAGGGUAGGUGUGGCUUUGAGGAGGACUUCCCUUCCUUGCAUGCUUUAAGGAUUCUUCCUACAGCCAGGCAUGGUGGCUCAUGCCUGUAAUCCCCACACUUUGGGAGGCCGAGGUGCGCAGAUCACCUGCGGU